AUGCAAAAAGGACUUGGGAACGAUGUGAAAUUUGCAUUGAUCAUUGCUCAAAGGACAGAUGGUUUCUCACAAUUGCCCCCAGACCAGCCUCUGAUUAAAAAGAUUUUCCAUGUAGAUGCUAGCAUUAUCCACCCUUCAUUCUCCGCUAUCCCCAACCUCCCUACCCCAAGGAAAACAGGGGCCUUCAAAAUGAAGACCUUCCUCCUGCAGACUGUCUUGAUGGCCUAUGGACUAUUGCAAGUAGGGGGAAACUUGAGGCAACUUGAAGAAAUGAUUGAGACAGUCACAGGGAUGAAUGCUGAGGAAAGCUAUGGCUUCUAUGGCUGCCACUGUGGCUUCGAGGGGCGAGGGACCCCCAAGGAUGCCACUGAUAAGUGCUGUGCAGCCCAGGGCUGCUGCUACUCAAAGCUGAUAAAGGAAGGCUGUGACCCUACAGUGGUGAAAUACAAUUUCACCUACCAGGAAAACAACAUCAUUUGUGAGCCUGGAAGCACGUGCCAACAUCGGACCUGCACCUGUGACAAAACUGUUGCCUAUUGCUUGCAGAGAAAUCUAGCAACCUAUGAUCCCAAAUAUCAAGACAUCUUCUACUUCAAGUGUUUUGGGAAUAACCCCUUUUGCUAG